AUGAUGAAGGUGGUGAUGGAUAGAGAAGAAAGGAGAAGAAGAAUAAUGGAAAGAGGAUCAGAUCGUUUAGCUCUAAUCACAGGCCAAUUACAUAAUCUUGAUCAUCCUUCGUCGCCCUCGUCUUCUUCUUCCUCUCACCAACGUACAUACAGCGAAUCUUUCAUACCAAAGAAUCAAUCUGAUCACCAUAUGAUUCAAGAAAGCCCAUCUCUUAAGUAUCAAUUCAAAGAGGAAGUAAAGGCAAGAGAAGAACCAAAACUCUCCACUGUUCUUCAAGACCCCAUAAAAAGUGAACCAACAAAACCAGAAGAAAGAAGAGCAAUAAAGAGUCAAAGUCAACGACCUAGGACUUUCUUCAGCUCCAAGAAACUCAAUGCUAGCAUCAUAAGCUCAGAAAGAAGUCGGAGUUUAAGCUCUCUCACAAUAGCUGUUUUUGUUGUUUUACUCCCGAGAUUGAACAUCCUAAGAUCAGACACUAUCUUAGCUUUGAGACCUCUUUGGUUGCUCCUGCUUACAGAUUGUGCUAUAGUGAUGUCUUAUCUCACCAUGGAAGUUCCUGGAGGAGGAUCGAGCCAUGAAAUGGAAGAAGAAGGAAAGAAGAAUGGAGAAAAUUGGUCUGAUGCAGAGAAGCUUCUAGAAAGAGGAGUUGUUGUGUAUCAAGCUCUUCGUGGAAUGUUCAUAGAUUGUAGUCUUUAUAUGGUUGUUGUUAUUUGUGGAGUCUCUCUUCUUUGA